AUGCUCGUCGGGGAAUCGCCGGCAACCAGUCCCGCCGUCCCGCCCUCAGCCUGCCCCUCGCUGCCUGGCUGCCUGGCUGGCCCGGCCGUCAGUGGUGCUCACGACCCUGUGCUGUGCGGACUGUCCGCUGCCGCCCCUGCCCGGCGUGUCCGACAGAUAUGUGAGUACCGCCCCCCCACCCUGCCCACCUCCAUCCUCGGGGACGAGCCACGCCGCGAUAAGUUUGCACCGUGUUUCGGUCCGUGGUUGUUGUGCCACGGCGACGUGGUGGAGGCGGCGGCGACGGGGCGAGGGGGAGGUGGAGGCGGGCAGGCGGCCCACCACAGGGUACACACUUACCUGCCCAGCCAGGUGAUAUAUCCUUUACAUCCCCGCCAAGCCCAGGACACAGGGGAGCUUGGGCGUCCUGCUGGGGCGCAGGACUCUCCAGGGGCAGGGCACGCCUCACCCCAGCGCCCCGAGGCGCCGCCAACCCCCUGCCCGACCCUUGCUCCUGACUCCUCACUGCCUGCUUCAGUUCUAAUAGGAUUCUACCGUGUACAGUGGGCUCUUUGUUCAGCUCUCAGGUGGAGCAUGGACCUCAAAGGGGCACAGGAGGCCUUUCUGGCGGUGCUGCAACAACUGCCUCAGCCGGAAACCCGCAAGGCCUUCCUGGCCUGGGUCGACGACACCUGGAUCAGGGGAGACCCACCCAAUCUCAUGGUGUGCCCUCCCCCAUGCCUGCCACCCCCAAUGGCCCCUGCCUGCACCUCGGAAUACACCUCUGGGGACACCAAGCUGCGCAAGAUUGCCGAUGACUUAAGGGAGCUCAUGCCACUCAAUGCUAUCCUUCCCACAGAGCAGAUCACCUUCCCUUCUGUAGGAGAGAAUGCUGACUGUGACCCGUCCCACACACUGCAUGUGGAUGCUUUUCUCUAUGAUGAGGACAUGGUGGAUGAGCUGUGCGACACGGGUGAGCUUGCCAGGAACUACUGUGUGGACUGCUCCUCCCACAACACACAGCCCAUCACAUAUGUCAGCCACUCGGCCUCAAGAGAGAGGUUAGCUUAUGUCUUCCGAGCCCUUCUUCCACCUAUACCUGAAGAUACAAUAUUACUGGAUAUAGGCUCAAGACUUGGAGCAGUAUUAUAUGGGGCCUACAUCUAUACUAAGUGUCAGAGGAUAGUUGGAGUCGAGAUCAACCAAGAAUUAUGCCAAGUCCAGCAAACGAUCAUCAACAAAUAUCAGUUCCAAGAUCGCCUCCAGGUGCUGCACGGAGACAUCCAGGACCAUAGCGAGGUCGUGCGUGUGGCUGACAUCAUCUGUCUCAAUAACGUGUUUGAGUUCUUCAUGCCUCCCUCCGUCCAGGCUCGCAUUUGGGCGUUCCUUCGGGCCAACGUUAAGAAAGGGGCACUGAUGGUCACCAUACCCUCCCUUGAAGAUUCUUUGCAGUAUCUUGAUUGUGGCUUCCGGCUCCAAGAGUGGGCAAGGGAGAUUCCUCCACAUAACCCCAACAUCACUGCUCCCUUUGAUUUUCAAAGUGAAACUUCUGAGGUGAAGCUGUACCAAGUCAUCUGAGCAGUAAUAGUGUCUGAGGUGGCAAAAUGAUGUAUUAUGGUAAUGUGAAGGAAAGCUUACUUAAUUGAACCUGCACUGACUUGAUCCUGAUCCAGUAGACUUGUCUGGAAAUGGUGUCCAAUAGAGGAGCAACAACACCUGAAGAAUUAUGCAAUUAGUAGUCAUUGUGGAGACAGUGAUCAUGACUCCAGUGACUCAGUGUGAGAAAUAUAAGACUGUAUCCCUCUUGCCAAAGACUUGAGCAUUUAGGAUGUUCAUUGUUUGUGAUGUCAUCAAAUAGUUAAAUAUUUAUGCGUGUACUGUUUUAAGUACAUAUGACCUAUGUAUAUAGUAUGAAGAGUGCCAUUGCCCUGUCUCAUGUCUUGUCAUGCUAAGACAGUUGAAAGUUUUAUCCUAAUAUGUAAUGACUGAUGAGCGAUGACUUGUGUGGAAGUUUGUGUAAGAGACAGUACCACUGCAAAACAAAAGUAAAGAGUUGUUAUUUUUUAUAUGCAUUUUAUAUUGUUCUAUUCUUAUAAAAAAGUUUGUGAAAUCUUUUUUUGACUAUUAUUGUGCAGUGUGACUAGAGGCAUAAUUUAUGUUUUAUUUAUGUAAAGUCAGGCGAUUUAAGGCUUUUAUUGUUGGGUCUGCAGCAGGUGUUCCAUUGUUUGUGGGCCCAACACACGUGCCUGGAGGAAGACACUCCCCAUCAAAGCAACUACUCACCAGCCAGCAGGAGUUUCUGUGUUCACAUUGCUAUGGCUUCCAUUUCUCUGUGUGCCUUUACACUGGUGGUGGAUCUCACACAACCAAAAUCUCUUCAUGCUACUUUUCAUAGACAUAUAUAUAUACAGCUUUGCCUUGCUGUGAACCAGUCAGCUGUAAGGAAUUGCUUGACCCUCUCUGCACACCACCUAGAUAAUACUUAAAGGGAAGCCGUGCCAACGUGGCCUGUGCCAGAGGUAACGGUCUUGUGGCCUUGAAUGGCCACCACAGCUUGUACUGUCUACCUCCAUUGUGCUGUUUCCUGGUGAAGAGUUUUUAGACAGUUUCCUGAAAGCAGCAUGAUUUCAGCUCAGUAGCAGUAAUAUGGCAUCAUACUUGGUUAUGUAACAAGAUUUAUGAAUGAUAUCAAAUUUCUUUUAAAAUAAGGAUUAGAUGAAAAUUGAGGCCCUGCUUUCAUGUUGCUGUGCUUGCCUAGCCUUGUGCUUGCUGCACACCACGGACCUGCCAGCACAGUUCUCCCAGUAUGAUGCCAUGUGUUCAUGAUGUUGCUGUAAAAUUUUAUGAUGCACCAAGUGCUUUGUCCAGGAGAGGUUCUAGCAAGGCGAUGAUGUUACAGGUUUUGCCAAUUUUGUUUGCAUUGAAGUAAAAUUUUUAUAAUAAACCAUAUGCUAUGGA